UUAUACGUUUGUACAUCGACAGUCGCAGUGAACAAUGUUCGAGCUUGAUUUAUUUUCAAAUGAUUUAGAUAUUUUAAAUUUUUGACAAGCUACCAGUUUUUAUUGUUGUUUUUUUACUAUUGAGUGUACACACAAGUUAAUGUAGUUUUCGUUUAAAACACGUUUAAUAUUUGUUAUGUUAAAUAUGUCAGAGCUUAAGACCAACGACAAUGUCAAGUAUUUUGCUUUAGUAUCUGAUGAAGACCCAAAUCGAAAAUUUAUUCUAUUGGAUAAUGAACCUUUAAUAUUAGGAAAAAAACAACAAAUUGGAAUGGUCAAUAAUAAAAUGUCGAAAAAUCAAAUGAAAUUUAUAGCCGACUAUUCUACGGGCCAAAUAUGUGUUCAACAGUUAGGUAAAAGCAGGUCAGCUGUCAACAAUCAAUCCAUGUUAAAAGGAGAAAAAAGACUCUUAAGACACGGAGACAAAGUUGCAUUAUUGUAUAAAAGCAGUCAUACCUAUCGUUUUGAUUUUUUUACACCUUCUUAUGGUAUAGAUUAUAACAAAAAUAAUACUUAUUGUAUAAAUAAAGAAAUAAUACCUAAAAUACCUCUCUUAAACUCUACAACCCUGUGGGAUACUAGAGAUGGUACAUUGUUGGUGUUUAAUAGUACAAAUAUUGUUCAUAAGGAUAAGAUUGCGGCAUUUGAUAUGGAUGGAAUACUUAAUAUUGCUCUAUUAGGUAAAGCUCUCCCUGAUUAUGAAGAUGACUGGCCAAUUUGUAGUCCUAAAGUUAUUAGAUCUAUUAAAAAAUUGUCAGUUAAUGAUUACAAAAUAGUUAUAUUUACUGAUCAAGAAGAUAUUGGAGGUAACAAAGAAAAUGAAAAAACAUUUAAAACAAAAAUUGAAAAUAUUCCUAAAUUGAUCAAGACACCAGUUCAAGUAUUUAUAGCUAUUCAGAAAGAUAUAUACCGAAGACCUGCACCAGGAAUGUGGAAUAUUUUGGUGUCUGAUUUCAAUGGAGGCAUAUCAGUUGACAUAGAUAAGAGUUUUUUUUGUGGUGACGCUGCAGGCCGGCCUGCUCGUUUUGAUUCUAAACGGAAACCAAUUAAAAAAGAUAAGUCAUGUUGUGACCGUUUAUUUGCCAUGAAUAUUGGUCUCAAAUUUUAUACUCCCGAGGAAUACUUUUUGAAAAAACCUACUUCAGAAGUUUUUGCAUUACCAGCAUUUAAUCCAAAUGAUGUUCUGUCUAAUAUCUUUUAUACAGAUUUAUCAUCCAAAGUUUUGUUUUCCUCACAUAAAGAAAUGAUCAUCAUGGUUGGUUGUCCUGGUUCAGGGAAAAGUUUUUUUGCAGCUAAUAAUUUGUUCUGUCAUGAUCGUAUGAAAAUAAUUAAUAAAGAUAUACUAGGCUCAUGGCAAAGAUGUAUUGCUAAGACUACUAAAUAUUUAAGUAAUGGGAGUGUAAGUGUAGUGAUUGACAAUACAAAUACAGAUGUAGAAUCAAGAAAACAGUUUAUUGACAUUGCUAAAAUUUUCAAAAUUCCGGUUAGAGUUUUCCUAAUGAAAGUUUCCAAAGAACACGCAAAACAUAAUAACAAAUUUCGAGAAUUAACUGAUAAACAACACCCAAAAGUAUCUAAAGAAGCAAUAGAUUUAUACUUUUCUAAAUUUCAGAAACCAACCAAAAAAGAAGGCAUUUUAGAAAUAGUUCCAAUCAAUUUUGUUCCUCACUUUAAAGAUCCCUAUCAUGAAAAACUAUACAAAAUGUUCUUGCUUUGAUAUAGUACUUUUUAAAUUGUUAAAACCCAUGUAAUUAUUUACAAUUUUUUUGAUUUAUACAGAA